CAGGCGUAAGUGUCCUUUACGGUGUACCUGAGUCCAAAGAACCAAGUCUCACGCAAACCAACAGUGCGACACACCAGGUCGAACAGGUCCUUCCCUUUCCACUUCACCUUAGAAAAACCGUUUGUUAUUGGCCUGAUGGCAGCUGGCGGUGAGGCAUUCGAACAUGUAAAAAAGACCAUCUUAUCAGCUCAUAAAAGCACCCUAUCAGCAGAAAAGGUCUCCUUCUACAACUCCUGGGCAGAGAGCUAUGAUCAGGAUGUGGCUGUUCUGGACUACCGAGCGCCAAGUCUGGCAGCAAACAUCAUGUCAUCCCACUUCAGCAGUGAUCGUGAAGCAGCUGUUGUGUUGGAUGUGGCCUGUGGUACAGGACUGGUGGCCAGACAGAUGAAGAGUCAUGGAUUUGGACAUUUUGUGGGGAUCGAUGGAAGCGAGGCUAUGUUGAUGAUGGCCAGAGAGAGCGGCUUAUACCAGGACCUGAAGCAGUGCACGCUGGGAGAGGGGCCACUACCUGUCCAAAAGGAUUUUUUUGAUGUGGCUGUGAUCGUUGGAGCACUAAGUAUUGGUCAGGUCUCAGUUGGUGUCGUCAGAGAGUUGUGCAAAUCCACCAAACCAGGUGGCCACGUUUGCAUGACCACCAGAAGUAACCGUGACAACGUGGAAUAUAAAGCGUCCCUGGAGCGUGAGCUGAAGCAGAUGGAGGACGAAGGGCUGUGGACUUGUUUAGAGGUCGCUGAGGUGGAGGAGUGGGAGAGAGCGGUGUCAGAGGACGAGGACGGCUACAUACCUGGAGCUGUGUACCUCUAUAAGAAACUAUAGCACAUUGAGCAACUACAAAGACGUGACAUUAACACACCGAAGGAACAACUUCAAGAACUCCUAAGCUCAAGAAGAUUUUAAAUAUUCAAAUGAAUCAUUUUUACCAAUGUUCAGAAUUGGCUUCGUCUUAAUGCUGAAGAUGCAGAGCUUGAAAUGUAAAUAUAAGAAUCAAUAUGUUCAUGACUUAAAAUUUUAGGUUUCCAUUUGAACAAUAUUCAUGCUUCAUUCAUAGACAUGCUUUAUAUUUGGCAUCUGAAAAAAAACAGUCAAGAUUCUUACAUACAUAUACAUAUCCUUGAUUGUGGAUAUACAAUACAUGCUUCUAAAAAAUGAUAGUAUUAUUAUGAUAACCAUGUAAUAAAAAUUGAAUAUGAACAUGAAGCUUAGACUGUGUAGUUCAGUAGUCAACUAAAUCCAAGGCAAUCCAUUACCAAUGAAAGUGGCUCCAUAAUUAGAAA